CACUUGCUUCUCUCAAACACUUCCAGUUUUCAGGUAUCUUCAGAUUAAGUUUAUCUUGAUCUUUGAUUCGAAAUUUUAAUGCCCGAUUUGUUCAACAUUUUACUUAGAAUCUGUAAAUAUUUCAACUUUUUGAUUCCUCAUUAUUAAUUUUAGGGUUCCCCUUUAGAAACCUUCCUAGGGUUUCAGCAUUAUUUUAGGGUUCCCCUUUAGAAACCUACCUAGGGUUUCAGCAAAUCGGGUUUGCUAUCAACCAUUUUCUCGAUAAGGGGUUACCUUAACUUAGAUUGAUCUUUUCUUCAUCAAAAUUGCAGAAUUACAAUCUCCUGGGUGCUUGCGUGAUUGGAAUUUUAAGGCUUUAGAGACUUUUGAGUGUAGAAGACACAGUAUUUAAGGAUGGUGGAUACUCGAUCAAGAAAAAGAAAAUUGCCAAAGAAAUUAGGUACUUCAGUAAGCAUUGUGGGAAAUGGAAUUGCCAAGGAAACAUCUUUUUUGCCGCCGGAUAACAUCGGAAGCUUGGAGAAGGAGAUCAUUGCAUUAGUGGAGACACCGGUAAGCAUGGAGGAAGGGAGCAUCGUGAAGGAGAAUGCUGCAUCAGUUGAAAAUGCAAUAAACAUGGAGGAGUCUUUGGUGGCGGAUAACAUUGUAAGGGUGGAGGAGGAGGACAAUGCGAACGAGAAUGCUGCAGUAGCGGAGAUCCCAGUAAGCAUGGAGGAAGAGCACACUGUGAGGGAGAAUGCUGCAUCAGUUGAAACUGCGGUAAACAUGGAGGAGGAGAACAAUGCGAGUGAGAAAGCUGCAUUAGUGGAGACUCCAGUAAGCAUGGAGGAGAACAUUGUGAAGGAGAGAACUUCCGAGAACCCAGGACCAGUAAGUAAUCCAUCGGAAGGGACCAUCGUCGCCGCACAGGAUGUUACGACCUUGGAGGAGGGGGUUGACUUGUCUCAGUAUUUCAAGACUGAUGAGGUAUUCGGCUCACGAGAUGCAGUCAUUCAAUGGUGUCAAGAGGUUGGAAGGAAGAAUAAUACAGUACUUGUGAUUAAGACGUCCAAGAACAGAUUAACGGGUAAGGGUCGUUCCACUUGUACAAUUGAGCUUGGAUGCGAGAGGGGUGGUGUUUACAAGAGCCAUAAGAGUAAGAACCACACACCAAAGACUGGAGUUAAACGGAAAAGAUCCAUUGGUUCUAAAAAGUGUGGUUGUCCAUUUAGUGUGAGGGGUACGUGUAAGUCUGAUAACAAAUGGAGUAUUUUUGUAAGGUGUGGAAGACAUAAUCAUGAGGUUGAAAGUACAACAGCAGAAGACCCACUUAUCAGGCGUUUGAAAGAAGAAGAAGAGCUACUAUUGGCUCAGUUGACCACAUGUGGUGUUCGUCCUAAACAGGUACUCAAGGCAUUGAAAGAGAGGAAUAAAGAAAAUCACUCGACCAUUAGAACCAUAUAUAAUGCAAGGGCAAAAUUAAGAGUGCAUGAGAUGGAAGGAAAAUCAGUGAUGCAACAAAUAAUUAAGUUGUCAACCCAAUUCCAUUAUCUGGAAUGGCACAAGAAGGAUGAAGUAACAGAUGAGUUAAAGAAUAUAAUGUGGUCUCGUCCAGAGUCUACUUUAUUGGUAAAAUGUUUCCCAUCAGUGCUAAUGGUUGAUUCCGCCUAUAAGAUCAAUAGGUUUAAGAUUCCGUAUUUUCAUGUGGUCGGGUUCAGUUCUACAGGACAUUCUUUCACAGUUGCAUAUGCGUUCCUGGAAGAGGAGUCAGAGGAGAACUUUGGCUGGUUAUUGACGCAACUGAAGUCGUUAUUUUUUCCAGAUAAUUUGCCUUCCAUCUUUGUAACUUUGGGGGAGCCUCUGUUGGUAAAGGUAAUUGGUGCUGUAUUCCCAGGGGCGAACAGGUUACUUUGCACAUCUCACAUAGAACAAGAUAUUGUAAGCAAUUGCAAGACGGCAUUUGAGAGUGAAGACACCUGGAAUGAAUUCUUCAAUGACUGGGAGCAUGUUUGGAAAGCAAAGUCAAAGGAAGACUAUGAAGAUAAUUAUGCACAGUUCGAAACAACGUGGAUGACGAGAAACACUUCAUGCGUUGCCUACCUGCGUGACACGUGGUUAAAGCAUAAGGAAAGCUUUUGUUUGGCCUGGACACAAAAUAUGAAGCACUUUGGUAACACUGUAAUAAAUAGAGUUAAAAGUGAGCAUGGUCCUUUGAAGAAGUCUAUGGCGUCUUCAGCUGGUAGUUUCUUUGCUUGUUGGGAAGCAAUGCACAAUAUGAUAAACAGACAGAUUUUUCAGAUUAAAUCCUCCUUUGAGAAGAGCUUGAUUUCAGUGUUGGAUGAACAUCAGAUACUUGCUUUCGAGGAAUUGAGAAACCACGUAUCUCACUAUGCAUUGGAACUUAUGCGAUUGGAAGUCAACCAAUCAGAAGAUUUGGAGACAGAUGUUACUGCUUGCAAAUGUUCAUUUCGCUCUACGCAUGGACUUCCUUGUGCGCACGAGUUAAUGAAGUACACCCAAGAGGGCAGGCCUGUCCCUCUUUCUGUGAUUGAUGAACACUGGAAACAGCUCUCGAUAGUACCUUUACUGGAAAAGAAGACUGAAUUUGAUUGCCUAGCAGAAGUACAUCUACUACGGCAAAGAUGGAUAAAAGCAUCUGAAUCUGAACGGCACGUAGUAGUUGAAAUGAUGAAAGAACUCGCAACUACUUGGUCUUAGUAAUACAGUAUAUGCAGAUUAUGCUGCUUUGUAAAACAGUUGUUACUGGCCACAAAACUAGCUGCUUGUUCGGAGGCGAGUCGAGAGAGGGUUCUGACAGUGUUCUUUGCAUUGAUUCGCCUCCACUGUUGGAGGGUUUGGAGGUUAUGGUCAAUCCCAAUUCAAUGACUGAAGUGUAUUACUUCAGCUCCUACACUGGUGUUUUCUACUAUAAUUUACCAUGUACCAAGUGGAUAAGGGUAGAACAGAUUUUACGACUCAUUGUUUGAUAAGGUGGGCGGAUAUGAAAUGUGAUACACCAGAGUAUUGAAAACCUGCAUUUUCAAAAUGGGAACAGAAAAAAAUAUUUACAGCGACUUGGUGAACAGAAAAAUAGAAUGUUGCAUCUUGUAACCACUGCAAUGCUGCAAGGAGGGCUUUUCCUUCGAUUUUUGUUAUAGGGAGAGCAAAAAUGGAUCCGAGGAGAGCGAAAAUCGUAGUCGACUCGCUAACUCAUACCCGGUCGAUAUAUUAUCUUAAGUUUGACCAAACUACCCAUACUAAAUACACCUUUCAACUAAGAAAAAUUGACACCCAUCCCCGAAACAAAUCCACCACCACAAUCUCCUCCGCCACCGACGACCGAAAAAAAGAAAAAAAAAAACUUCGUAAUGACUCCUGUUUUCGAAUGAUGAAAAUAACUGUAACUAUAUCGUCAUCAAACAUAUGAAGAAAAAGCAACAUAUAUCUGGAAUAAAUCAUGCGACUCAUAACAUCAAGUCAUCAACAAUGUUUUUUUUUCCAACAACUACAUAUUGGAAAGAUCGGAGGUCCUCAUAACUGAUACACGUGGUCAUAAAGUAUUCCGCAUCAUCGAAUAUUUUUUUCUCUGAGUCUUAAAUUUCUUGAAUUUUUAAUCGGUUUCUUAAAUUGGUUUAUGUUCCGUUUAUUUAUGGUUUAUGGAUCUUGAUUGAA